UGCCGCCGAUCCUUGAAUGUGGAGGCGGAGAUGCUGGAGAAGACAGCGCCCCACUCGCUACAAGGAGAGCUCGAACACGUGUCCAUGUCCGUGAUCUGAUUGGAUACAUCGCCAUGACGUUCAGAGCACUGUGACGUCUUCACUGGCUCUCAUUUUGGAACGGAUUCAGUCGGCCUUCGCAGAUACACCAACAGCUUCCCACUGGGAAGCGGCUGUUCACCUGCUCCGUGUGUGCGAAGAGACUCAUUCAGUUAACCCACCUUGUGAUGCUCCGCUGCAGAUUUUUCUAUACACACGAAAAAAAUGAGGUAUGGACUUUGAACCGGUGCUUGCAGAAAUGUUUAAUGGCAUCGUGAUUACCCAUAGGGCCAUGCGUUAAGAAUUCUGCCGGCGCUGAAGCGCCGAUGAAAUGCGCAGGCGUCAGGCUGAGGACGUCCCCGAGUAUCACGCAUGCGCGCAGUACACAGAAGGCCUUGAAAAUGGCGGCUACAGGUUAAAAACGGGAAGGAAUUCGUCUCCAGGAAGCUCAAACAUGGCACGACUAUUUUGUUGUCUCUGUCUGGAUAGUUAAGAAGUGGAACAUGGGAUCCUAUCGACCAUCCUUCCUGCUCAGACAGUGGAAAUGGAUUCACUCGGUUAUUACAAUUGAAGGUACAUCAGCAAGUUCACACUGGGCAAGGCCAUUCACCUGUUCUGUGUGUGAGAAAGGAUUCAGUUGGUCUUCCCACCUGUGGACACACCAGUCAGUUCACACCACACCGGGCGGAGGCUGGUCAUCUGUUGAAUUUCUGGGAAAGGAUUCACUCAGUCAUCUGACCUAAUGGCUCACCAGCAAGUUCGCACAAUGGAGCAGCCGAUCAUCUGCUCAGUCUGUGGGAAGAGAUUCACUCAGUUAUCCAGCCUACAGAGACAUCAGCGAGUUCACACUGGGGAGAAGCCGUUCAUCUGUUCAGAAUGUGGGAAGGGAUUCACUCAGUCAUCCCAACUACAGUGUCAUCAGCGAGUUCACACUGGGGAGAAGCCGUUCACCUGCUCAGUCUGUGGGAAGGGAUUCACUGAUCCAUCCAACCUGCAGAGUCAUCAGCGAGUUCACACUGGGGAGAAGCUGUUCACCUGUUCAGAAUGUGGGAAGAGAUUUACUCAGUCAUCUCAACUACAUAGUCAUCAGCGAGUUCACACUGGGGAGAGGCCGUUCAUUUGCUCAGUCUGUGGGAAGAGAUUCACUCAUUCAUCCACCCUACAGAGACACCAGCGAGUUCACACUGGGGAGAAGCCGUUCAGCUGCUCAGAAUGUGGGAAGGAAUUUACUCAGUCAUCCCAACUACACAGUCAUCAGCGAGUUCACACUGGGGAGAAGCCGUUCACCUGCUCAGUCUGUGGGAAGGGAUUCACUGAUCCAUCCAACCUACAGAAUCAUCAGCGAGUUCACACUGGGGAGAAGCCGUUCACCUGCUCAGUCUGUGGGAAGAGAUUCUCUGAGUUAUCCCAAGUACAGAGUCAUCUGCGAGUUCACACUGGGGAGAGGCCAUUCACCUGCUCAGACUGUGGGAGCAGUUUCACUCAGUUAUCCAGCCUACAGAGACAUCAUCGAGUUCACACUGGGGAGAAGCCGUUCAUCUGUUCAGAAUGUGGGAAGGGAUUCACACAGUCAUCCCAACUACAGAGUCAUCAGCGAGUUCACACUGGGGAGAAGCCAUUCACCUGCUCAGUCUGUGGGAAGGGAUUCACUGAUCCAUCCAACCUACAGAGUCAUCAGCGAGUUCACACUGGGGAGAAGCCGUUCGCCUGUUCAGAAUGUGGGAAGAGAUUUACUCAGUCAUCCCAACUACAGAGACAUCAGCGUGUUCACACUGGGGAGAGGCCGUUCAGCUGCUCAGUCUGUGGGAAGAGAUUCACUCUGUCAUGCAACCUACAGAGACAUCAGCGAGUUCACACUGGGGAGAAGCUAUUCACCUGCUCAGUCUGUGGGAAGGGAUUCACUCACUCAUCCAACCUACAGAGUCAUCAGCGAGUUCACACUGGGGAGAAGCCGUUCACCUGUUCAGAAUGUGGGAAGGGAUUUACUCAGUCAUCCCAACUACAGAGUCAUCAGCGAGUUCACACUGGGGAGAAGCCUUUCACCUGCUCAGUCUGUGGGAAGAGAUUCACUCAUUCAUCCACACUGCAGAGGCACCAGCGAGUUCACACUGGGGAGUAGCCGUUCGUCUGCUCAGAAUGUGGUAAGGGAUUCACUCAUUCAUCCCAACUACACAGUCAUGAGCAAGUUCACAUUGGGGAGAAGCGAUUCCCCUGCUCAGUCUAUGGGAAUGGAUUCACUCUGUCAUCCCAACUACAGAGACACCAGCGAACUCACACUGGGGAGAAGCUAUUCACCUGCUCAGUCUGUGGGAAGAGAUUCACUCAGUCAUCCCACCUACAGAGUCAUCAGCGAGUUCACACUGAGAUGAAGCCGUUCACUUGCUCAGAAUGUGGGAAGAGAUUCACUCAAUCUUCCACCAUGCUGAGACACCAGCGUGUUCACACCACUGAGAAGCCGUUCCUCUGCUCAGAAUGUGGGAAGAGAUACAUUCGCUCUUCCACCCUACAGAGACAUCCGCGAGUUCACACUGGGUAGAUGCAGUUUACCUGUUGAGAAUGUGGGAAGGGAUUCACUCACUCAUCCCAACUACUGGCACACCAGUCAAUUCACAAUGGGGAGUGGCCGUUGUUAUGAAUCCCUUUGUUUCAUUUGCUGUGGACUGUUAUUUUGAGAGAGACAGAGUGAUUAAGAAGGUGAAUAAGUCUGACGCAGCUUGUUUACAUCGCUCGCAGCUUGUUGAGCUUUAACUCUGGACACAGACUCUCAGAGUCAGAUGAAGGAGGAAAAAUGGAAGGAUCGAAACAAGCGAACUAGUGGCCAAGGGUCACUGUUUGGAUUUUUCCUAUGCCCAGAAGGGUGGGUUAAUUAUCGAUUCAGCUUACAUCAAAUGUGUGGUUGUUACCUUGUUUGAGCUAUAGGAGUGGAUCUGAUUUGGGAUAUCCUGUGAAGACCACUGAUGUGUUAACCCUUGCCUGGGCAUGGUGUGGUAAUUCAUUUGAAGACGAUACCCCUUGUGACAAGUCACGUUGGGUGAUAAUUAGUAUGUGGAUUUGGAAGGAUGACAGAUAAAAUCUACAGUGACUGUUCUCUCGUUUUACCACCAUGGAACCUGUGGAAUUCGACAUAAUUGCCUUCUCUCAACAUUUACCCUGGAUUACAAAUAUCUCUCUCAUCACCUAUUCUGUGGAUGAACUGAACUUUCAUAAUUUACCAUCUCAAGACUCCAAGCCUUGUUUCUCCCGAGCUCAAUAGUUUGGGAGUUUUAUUUACACACAUAUAUAUACAUAAUACUAUUAACCUCUGUUUAUCUUGUUUAAGUUACUAUUGUUACGAAGGAUGAACAGCUCUGAUGAGCAGAAGGGUGCAGGGUUGCCCAUGUCCCCCUCCCCUGGGAGAAUUACAAACCGUUACUGUUGCCAGGCAGCUGAUGACAGAGAAAGAGAUGGAACAAAAACUUACUGGGACUGGAUAAGGGAGAGAUAACACAGGGAGGAAGAGACUUGUUGUUCCACUAUAUUAUGACUCCUGUAAGACUUAUGGCUCUGGAGAGGGCUGUUUACUUGGUACUAUUCUGUUCAUUAAAAUUCCUCAGUGGACAGCCAGAGUGGGCUGGUUUGAUAGGCUGAGCCAUUCAAAACUGAUUGACACCUGAGACCCCAUGAAUAGGGAUAAAACUGAGGUCUGGGGAGACACCCCUCAGACACACCAAGAGACACACUAGUGAGCACUGCUUAAGUGUUGGAACCCAUGAGAAAGUGUGGGGCAUCGGAGACCUGACAAAGGAUCGGUCAAUUUUAACUCACAGUGUUUAUAGCGAGGCCGGUGGGGGCUUGUGUGUGUGUCCACCCUUAUCUGGGUGACGAGUCCACCAUAGAAGAACGGUCUAGCUAAAGGACAGAGCAGUCAUACCUGAAUGGCCAACACAUCAAUGGAUCAAGAUUGUAAAGGAAGGUUUGACUGGCUGUCACUGUUUGCUCGCUCUCUCUCUCUCUCUCUCUCUCUCUCUCUCCCCAACAAUUACAACACAUCGACCAACAACUACCUCAGCUUGUAUGAACUGAACUGAACUUUAUAUUCACAUAUGACAAUUCAUUAUCCCCUAGACAUCAAGAGAGCUUGUUUAUUAUUGAUUAUUAUUAUACCCACACUUUUAGGUUUAGUAUUGCUAACGUGUAAUAUCUGUAUAUUUUACUAAUAAACACUGUUUUG